AUGACGAUCGUGGGCACCGCAAUUAUUGUACUUAGCGUGUGUCGGCGAAAUGAUCACGCGAUUGUGAGCUGUCGCUCGGCGCGCACACGUCACGGCCACCGUCCUAGUCCCGCCAAGGCGCGAUUGCUAUCUCGCGUCCCUUUCGCUCCGGCGCACGUCGUAUUGCUGCCGUGCGUCGAUGUUUUGGGAAGUGCACCCGCCCGACGUUCCCACGGUUCACCUUCGGCCGACUUCCUUACGAAAAAAACAAACAAGAGCACUCUGUUGAAGAAAAUCGACGUCUGCCGGUCGCGCCGAAUGAUUAAUACAAUUAUGACCGCGCACGCCGCUACCUACUCAACU